GGUUGUUGUGUGAGGGUGCGUUUUUAAGUCAGGUAGCACAGUGUUUGUUGUGUUAACUCAGCUUGUUUAUUUAGUUGAAAAUCUAGAGCAAUGAAUGCGGAAUGUGUUGUCCGUAGUAAUCCGGAGACCGAGUUGGCAAAAAACGCGAAGUUACAGAAAAAUAAAUUCAAAUUUAAAUCCACCAAUGAUGGGACGAUUCUCAACAUCCAUCAUACAAUCUACCAAAAUGGACGCAUUCUUCGUGUACGCUUUAUUCACGCUUGUUUCAGUCGUAAUAAUGCAAAAUUGAUUGCAGUCGAUCACAGAGGCAAUGUUUUUGUUUUCGAACUGGUAGCCGAAAGUUAUUCCGUGCUGGAGGAACGCUUCAAAAAUGUCACAGCUGUCGAUGUUAUGCCUGAAACGAGCAACAUUAUCCUGGGAAAUCGAGAUGGGAUCGUUUCUGUUGUUAAUUGCGUACUUGUUUUCACUUUAUUCUACCCAGAAACUGGCGUGACUCUUGUUCGCUUGAAAGCCCAUCGAGCGCCAAUCACAACGAUAUCGUUUCCGCCUCUUUAUGGAAAAUGCCAACGUCAAUCAAAACAACCGAAUAAAAAAUUUGCUCCCACUGGAGAUGGAAAAGUGCUUGGUGCCAAAGAUGAACUAAAAGCAAAAUUAGGCGAAAAUCUUUCUUUGAUGCUGUGUCUGGUAACGACAACCGAGUGCGCCAAGCUGUAUAACACAGGCAAUUUUGUUGAAGAGCAUCGACUAAAUUACGGAACGGUAGAUGCAAUGAGCCGCAUCGAUCAGCUUCAAUGGGUACCGAAAGUAAACACACUGUUAGGCUGUUGCCUUGAUGGUGUACUAAGGCUUUGGACGCACAAAUUUAAGCUUAUCAGAGAAGUCAACUUUAGAAAAUUGCAAGCACUUUAUUUGAAACAGUAUCAGCCAGAAACAUGGGUUGCAGAAGAUGCCGAUUUUUUGUGUGAUGAUGGGUAUCAACCGAAAAGAGAAGUCGAGAAGGUGAUCCAGCACAUGACUAGUGAUGAGCGUACGAAAGGAUUCGUCAAGUGUGCUCAGUUCACCAGAAAUGGAGAGCUUCUUAUUGUUAACUGUUUGGAUAAUUCUUUAGCCGUGAUCUCAUGCGAUGCUUGGCAAAUAAACAAAAUAAUUACUCUUCCAAACUUGUACGUUACGACUUUUGGAAUCGUUACCGCGGCACAACAGGGCCAUUCGAAAAACGAUUUCAUCAUCCUAGCUACGACAAUUGAAAAUGACUUGCUCGCAUUGAAUCUGGUUGACCAUCAGAAAAAAUAUAUGGUACGCAAUUCGGAAAGCAAAUGCUUUAAGUUUUCCCUGUCACACAAUGGCAAAAUGGUUGCGAACGUACUAAAAAGUGGUGAAAUUCUGGUUCACAAUUUAGAACUUCAUUUGUGUGCCUUGACACCAAAAAAAUUACAACAUUUGUGUACAACAUCAGGGAAUGGUCCAAAAAUGGUAUACUCGCGACCAGUAGGAACGGCUUUGGGUUUGCAGCACCGACGGCGCCUGCAGAAGUUGGACGAACCGACGUCGGCAGGCAAUAAUUUCGCUGCCACUCCUUCGCUGAAUUCGUUAUACGCUUCUCCCGCUACGGUAGGGACAUCCAUUUCAACGGCUUCCGUACCGAGCGUAUCCGGUUUUCGUAAAGUGAGCAAGCUCAAUUUAGACAGACGGCUCGAAAGGAUCAACGAUAAGCUUUCCAAAACUUUGGUCCGAAGCAGAUUGCUGCCCAUACUGAGGGAAUUCGGUGAGUACCCGGAAAGACAUCGGAGCACAAUUUGGCGCAACCUGCUAGAGCUGCCACAGAACAGCGAUUGCUUCAACGCGUUGCUUAUGAAAGGGCAUCACCGUUGCGUGUCGGACUAUGAGCGAAGGUUUGCCAGUUUGGAGGCUCGCACCGUUCGGAACAUGAGGAAACUUGUUUCCUGUUUGGCACAUUGGACGCCGCUCUUUGCGCACUGUGAUUUUCUGCCAAGUUUUGUGUAUCCUUUCGUGAGGCUCUAUCAGCACGAUUCACUUACUUGUUUCGAAAUCGUUGCCAGCAUUCUACUUAACCACUGCCAGCUGUGGUUUGAGUUUGCUCCGCUUGAACCGUUUAACUAUUUGGGCAUGGUAGAUAACAUCCUCGGCGAAUACGAGCCCAAGUUGAUGAAUUUUUAUCGCGAACACAAUAUAUCUUCGCGAAUUUAUGCGUUGACAAUGAUGGAAACGGCUUUCGCGGAAACUUUUCCUGGCAAUCAAUGGAACCGACUCUGGGAUCAUGUGCUUUCGAACGAAUCCUAUUUUAUGGUGUUUUUUAUCGCAGCGUACAAUAUGGCCCACCGUACUGUCAUCACCAAUUGCACAACGGAGAGUGAAAUCAUAGCAUUUUUCCACGAGCCAGCAUCGAUAGAUGCCAAUAGGGUGCUAAAAAAGGCAUAUGAUUUAGAAGAGCGAUGCACGGAUAACAUCCAUCCGAAGUAUUAUAUGAAAUCCUUUGUUUCGCUUGGCAUCGUGGGAUCAGAGGGCAAUCCGACUGCAUCGUUUCGUUGUAAACAAAGCCGGAAUAAGGGAGGAAUCGUUGGUAGUGAAAGCAGCAGCAGCAAUAGCAGCAGCACCAUCAGCAGCAGUUGCAGUUAUAGUAAAUUUAACAACUAUCCGAAACAAAUCAUCGAUAACAAGGCAAAUGAAAUUGAUUUUCUGAAAACGGAACAAAAUCGACUCGAAGCGAAAAUAUUGGAAAUGGAGAAGCUGGAACGCAUGCUGCAGAGCCGAAUGUUGAACAGUCGAAUACAGGAAGAGCAUGACAAUCGUAUGCGAGAGGUCGAGCGUAAAUUCGAGGAAGCGUUGGCUGACGAAGAAAGAAGAAUUGAAAUGCAGAGAAAGCUACUGUUACUGCAUAAGAAACAACUCCGGGAGCAGGAGAACGAAGUCCUUCUGGAAAGCUGGAACGUUCAGCUUAGGCAGAGUGCUGCGUCGCGGGAAACUGAGUUGGAAACCUUACUGAAAACGUUGCAGCGUGAGAGACAGCGAGAGGCAACGGAUAUGAUGUUUGCCGAAGAAGAUAUCAAACUGCAGCAAAUGGAGCUGCAAGCGAGACGAUACGACACACGGCAGUCGAAAUUAGUGGACGAACGUUCUCUGGAGCAGCGAUACAGUCAGGCUAUCCAACAGCUGGGACGCCAGAAGCAGAAACUCUACGUGGAUAUCGAACGGGCAGCGGUCAACCCAAUGGCUACUUUACACGGACAUCCGGGUGGAAUGUUGAAUGCUGAAUCUGACUUUUAUCUUGACACAGAGGCAAACCACACACAGUUUAGAUUAUAUGGUGGUGCAGCACAGCUGUGGCAUGAGAGGUUGAAAUCAUAAACUGAUUUAUUUGCUUUGAUAUCGACUCAUGGUGACCGAUGGCGUGCAGAUUCGUUUUCUCCAAAUCAAUCAGGUGCUCUUUUGUAGUUGGAGAAAUUGAUUUAUGUUGCAAAUUGAUGGGUAAUGUAAAAAAAAUUUUUCGUUCCGACUUUUCGUGGGCAGUAUUAGAAAUGUUCAAGUGAAGAAUUAUUCUAAGUAUUAGUGAAGAUGAUGUUCUCAGUAUAAUAAAACACCAAAUUUACAACAUGGUCUAACAGUUACUACUUCACGAAUUUC